CGCUGGUCGUUGCCAUGGCAGCGUAGUUAGCGAGCAAACUGCCCCGUUGCGGUCCGUUCUGCGCAGCGAGGGAGAGAAACGGAGCGGCGGCUCUUCUGUGAUCCCCUCCGGUUCUCCUUUGCUCUCCUCAGGUUCCCCUUUCGAUUCUCCCGGCUGCCAGUGGAUCCGUGAGGCGCUGGCAUGCGGAUCAGUAGCCUCGGUCGCUGUUUGGGGAUAAACGGAGGGAAACCGCGCUGUUGUUGAGCUCAGGCUCGCUCUCUGCGUUAACAGCAGCAGCUCUAGGAUCUUCUGUGUCUGUGAUCCAGAGUUCAGGACCAUGGGCACCUUCAGCACGGAGGCAGUCCCGCUGUCUGGAGAGGAGGAUGAGGAGGGGGAAGAGGGCUGUGAAGUUGAACGCUUACCGCCACUGCUGGAAGAUGAGGAGAACGUGUCUCUGGCGGAUGUCCUGUGUCUGAGGGACAGCUGUCUGUCUGAACAGGAGGUGUGGGCGGUGUGUGUGGAGUGCGUCCGCUCCCUGCAGAGCAUCGCAAUGUCUCCACUCUUUCACACUCUCUGCAUUACGCCAGACACGCUAGCCUUCAACGCACAUGGCAAUGUGUGCUUCAUGGAACAGCUCAGCGAUGACCCAGAAGGUUCUUUUAUACCACCGGAAAUCGACAAGACUGGGAGCACAUUUGAGGGUCAUGUGUUUUCUCUUGGCUCCACACUCUCAGCUGCUUUGGAGUAUGUCAUAGAGCCUGAACUAGAGGUGGAGUUGGGGGUGGAGACUCGGAGGCUUCUUGAAGAAAUGCAAGAGGAGAAACCAGAAAACAGGCCCUGCCCCCAGGACAUACUUAUUCAGGUGGAAGACAAACUCACCGGCACCACGUCCACAGCAGUGUGUCGAAAGCUCUCUGCCAUCGGAAGAAGAGUGCUGUCCAUAGAAUCGGUUGGAAAUUUUCAAGAUGAAUGGGAAAAGACGUAUCAUCAGUUUAUGAAGUACAAAGGAUCAAGAGCGAAUUUGGUGGAGUAUCGUACAGGUGAUCGGCUUGUGAACAGGCAUUUUUCUUCAGAUUCGUACGAUGAAGAGGAGCAUCUGAUCAAACAGAGGGGUCGGGUCUGCAAUGGUUCGUUCCGGUCUGGGAGUGUGGAUGAGUACUCCAGUGGUUCAGUGUUACUCAGAGACACUGUCUGCCAGUCUCAGAACAGUUCCCCCGUCCGCAAGAAGAACCUGGAGAGGAGAUCGGGGAGAGCAAGGAGCGCCCUUAACCGUUCCUGCUCUGUUCCGGACUCCAACAACCCUCCUGUCUUCUCACCUCCAUCUCACACGGAUAUCAGCAUGAUGGUGGCUGACCUAUCAGAGAUCGGAGAAGAGGAGAGACUGGGGAUGCACUGGGAGGAGCACAUGCUGAAGGAAGCACAAAAGAAAACAGCACAUGACUCAGAUUCAGAGAUCAAAGCAGAGGUAUUUGACCACUCGGAAAAAGUCAGUUCCUCUAGCCCUCCUCACAUAAGCAUUGACCCAGACCCAGAUGACCCAGAUCCGGACCCAGAUGACACAGGUCAGGGUGGAGCUGUAGGGUACCUCUCCUCUGAUGUAGAUGUAGAUGUAGAGGAGGAGACGGAGAGCAGCAACCUGUGCAGUUUAAACCACAUGACCAAAAGCAUGCUGUGCCUCAACGAAGAAUCUCAGGAUGAGUGGGUCUCUCUGCGAGAGCUGCUGUCGCACUAUACCCGGCCGCUGUCCGUGAAUGAACUGUGGGCUCUGUGCUACACUUGUCUGUCCACUCUCCAGACCUACAUUGACUUUCCAGCUUACUUGUGCCUAGACUCUGUGUAUGUGGGCUGCGAGGGAGAGGUGCUGUUUCUGAAGCCUAAAAACACAGGACCCUAUGAUGCCUUUUAUGUAGCCCCUGAAUUCCAGGAACAUGGUAUUGUAACAGAAAAGAAUAGUGUGGAGUGUGGAGUUACUGUAGAUGGAUUCACUGGGAGAGAGCUAUUUCUUAUGGCCUGCAUAUAUGGAGUAGCAGCCAUUCUCUGGGCCACAGCUAAGUUUCAUUUGUCCCCUAAUCAGAAGCUAGCUAUGCCAAGAAAACUCAAAAGGCUUCUGCUGGAGAUGGCCAAAAGAACUCCAAUAGAAAGACCUUCUAUUGUUCUGGUCAAAAAGACUUGCCGUGAUUACCUGUCCCGCCAGGGGACCAGUGCAGAGACAGUGUGGAUACAGCUAAUCAACAGAAUCCAUAAGGCAGCUGGCAGGACGACUGAUUCAGAAGAUCUUCCAGAUUCAAGUGUAUUUAGGAACUCUGCUUCACCGGAGAUGAAAACUGGUUUUGUUCCCUUGGCCAGUGACAUUAAGUUGGACCCUGUAUCUGGCCCUGUUCCAAAGAAUAACACAGUCUGCUUAAGCAGACUGCCUAAGGCUUUCACCUCCUCUGCUACUCAUUUUACUCCUAUAGUACUGGCUCAGGAACAGUGCCCCAUCACUGAACCCGCAACAGAGAGCAUCAUCAAUGAAACAGAAAUCACCACUGAGGACAUGUCAGCUGAAACACCACUACUGGAAGAAAACUGGGAGCAGAACGAGAGAGAUCAACAGACGAAUGUGAAUGAAGAUGUUCCAGUACACGACUACUGCCCCACCUCAUCCAGUACCAAUACUCCCCUCACCUCUCCACCUCACUCCUCGCUUCAAAGAGACAGUCAAGCGACAAACAGCCAAUCUCUGCCCAACUGCUCUGGCCUAUCCACAUCUGCAGUGACAACAACUGGUGUUUACAACAACUACUUACUACAGCAGGACCCUCAGACAGGGCUUCUGACCCUGUUUCCUGUUCACAUUGCUGUUUCUCAGCCAAUCACAGGCCUGGACCUUAGCCUGCCACACAGUUCAGGAUCAGACGCAAACAAAAAUGAGGAGUGUAAUUUGCCUUGUGUUACCCAGAAUGGAGAAUCUGAACACCACGUCAGUUCCUCUUACCACAGAGAGAGAAACGGUAACAUGCCAAACAGCACAGAGUCGCUCCAGCAAGCCCAGGUAUCAUCGUGCACUGCGGGACAGAGACACGUCAUUCUGCAGCAGAUCAUUGGCCUGAUCAGAGAGGAAUUCGCAUUUGAUGGUUAUCUGGAGAAUGGUGUGGAGGAGCUGGCUAUGGGCGAGUACAUCCUCUCCUUGCGGAGUCUGCAGUUCGAGACCUUUUGCAGGGCUGUGGUGGAGAAGUUCAGUGAUCUCCACUGGGAUACAGACUUGCUGGAGUUGCUGCACUGCCUGGUUAACCACAGCUCCUAUACGCUAGCAUCUAGUAAACAGCCUCCAUCAAAGCCUGAGGAAAGGGCAUUGACAUCACUCCUGACUGCCAGGAGGCAUGAGGCGGAGAGAGAGAGGACGGAGAGGAGAGAACACACUCAGCUUGACCACAAUGCGAACGUGUGCCACACUGCUCCUUUAGGCCCUCCAGAAAAGAAAGAACAGAAAGAAGCUAUAGAACAAAGACGAACAGAGCUGGAGGAUACACGAGGACACGGUGGGCUGGAAGAAAGAAGUGGAGAAGAGACAACAGCAGAUGAAAGGGGGAACACGUGGUCGUUGGAAGGAACGCAUACCAAAAUUCAGCAUGACAGUGCAGAAGUGAGUGGGAUCAGUGAGGUUUCAGGGGUAAAGAUGGAGACCAGCAGUGUUCCAGCAGAGGGAGCUGAUGUUCCUGUGUGUGAGACUGAGGCUCUGUGCCAGAGCUGUGAACUGGAGGAGAGUGGAGAAAGCCAGCUUACCCAUGACUGGUCGGACACAGAAAUGGAGGACUCUGGCUCCUUCAUCUCUGAUCGGCCCAUGUCUUCCUGCUCGGGCCUUAGAGGACCCUCUUUCAGCCCUACGUGGGCCUUGGCUCUGUACGGAGAGGACUGUUUCAGCCAGGACGUAGUGGAGUACGCUCUCAAACUGGGAACCCACAGUGACUCGCCAAGCCUGGAAGAGAAAUCACAGGAGCCACCUUUCAUAAACCCAGAAUUUUACCAGGAACUUCAGCAACAGUUGAUACUUGAGAGCAGAAAUUUAAAGAAGACCAGAAAUUUCUACCACAAGCUGAUUCACCAAGAGAGAAAAAACAAAGGUUCUGAAGCCAAGGUAAUGCUGCCCAAACUAAAAAUGCAAUUAGAGGAGCUGAAAACCAAAGUAGAAUUCCUUGACUCCGUAAAGAAAUAUCUGCAGGUACUGUCUGUGGAUCAGUGGGGCUUGCCUCUGCCUCUUCUGUCCUCUUUGGCUACAUCUGGAGCUUCUGCUGCAGAACUGAUUCCCAGUGAAGAUCCAGGUGUAUUAAGCCUGGUGUGUGAGCAGCGCAGGAGGAGAGGCUGCUGCCCACUAGUGGCUGGAACCCCCAAAGGCCUGUUGGCUUAUCUUUAUGCCAGUAAUGCUCAUUUGGAAGGAUACAUCCAGCAUUUCCUUUAUACUUAUCGCUACUUCUGUACUUCUGAGGAGUUCCUACAGUUUUUAAUAGACAAAUUUAAAUCCACAGUAGGGCAAAUUGAGGACCCCACCACAAACAGUGCAAAGGUGUACCAUCGCACUCUGGACCUCUUGGAGUGCUGGAUAGGAAAUUGCCAGCUGGUGGACAUGACAUCCAAGUCCUGCCUCCAGCAAAACCUCGACCACUUCCUCACAACCGAGGUGGCUCCUGUAGACAGUCGCUGGGAGAAUCUACUCACGGUGCUACAAAGCACACCUAAUAAGAAGAGGAGCUGUGGAGUGCCAUGGGUUGGUGGAAGUACAAUGAGCAUUUGGGAAGAUGGUGAUAUUUCCUCAUCAAUUUCCUCUUUAAGUGGAAGAUCAGAGGAUUCUGCCAAGAAGAGUUUUCAGUGGCGUAUAUCCAGAGUGGUGGAGCCCCAGGCAAACCAGCCUAAAGAGAAGGUGUAUUCCAUCGCAGCAGCUCUGCCCAGGCCGUGCUACAGCUCACUGGUUAACCAGCUGACCAGCUCGUGUCUGAGGACUGAGGAGAGAGUGGCCUUCAGUGAGACUGAACACACACCUCUACACACAGCACAGCAGCUCACACUCCUCCAACAGGAACUCUUUCAAGGUUGUCACCCCGUCCAUUUCCUGAACUCCAGAGCACAGGGAGUUAGAGAAAAAGCGGUAAACAUCUCCAAAUCUGUGUCAUCAGAUGCCCCACCAUUAGAGGGCAGCAAUCUGUUUGUGGGUGAGGAGCUUGCUCAUGAUGGCACUCUGCAGCAGCUCAUCCGAUAUGCAGACAGUGUGACUAACUGGGUCUCUGCAGAGAUAGUCAUCACAGACUCUGUGAAGGUUCAGACGUCCUUGCUUGCAAAGUUUCUCUGUAUCGCUAAACACUGUUACGAGACAAGAAACUUUGCCACAGCCAUGCAGGUUCUUGGUGGACUGGAGAAUGUUAUAGUGAGACAGUUACCGGCCUGGAAGCAACUGUCAACUAAGAUGUUGGAGGUUCUUGAGGAACUCAGAGCAGUACAGGUGUUCCUGAAGAGCGACAGCCUCUGUCUGAUGGAAGGUGAGAGGGGAAGAGGGCAGCCAACUCUACCAGAUGUGCACACUCUGGCCAUGCACGUGCAGCAGCUGGAGAUAGGCGCUUUCACUCUGACCAGUGGUGCAUACAAGUGGCCUAAGCUACGGAGCAUAGCACGUGUGGUAAGUCAGGUCCAUGCGUUCCAGGAGCGCGUGUACUCAUACACUCCUGACCCAGAACUGCAGGUGUACCUGCAGGCCCGGAUAACCCAUCUUGGUGCGUGUGACGUGGCGCUCCUGGCCGCCGACAACGAUGCCAACUUCAACCAGCCAGCUGCAGAGCGGCACACUCGCCGGAUCCAGGACACACUGCGCAGGGUUAAAGCAUCCUUCCAGUGAACGCAAGCUAGGGUUAAGCCUGGACACGUGGAGAGGAGCAGAGAGCACAAGCAGUCUGAUACGAACUCUGGGAAUGCACUCAAGGAAGUUCACUGGCAUGAACAAUGGAAUGGGCAUGGGUUUUAGUAGCAGGAUAUUGGUAAAACCAUAUAUUUUCCCAAAGCACUUCGUAAUUUGAUCCAUGCAUGUGAUGCCUGUGGAUGGUGGAGCUUAUUGGCUCCACUCUGUGACUUCAGCUCUUUUAUUACAUUAAUCAUUCAUUUUCACCAUGAAAAUACAGCGAGUGUCCACUCAUGUUAUGGUAAUAACAAUAAUAUCUCCAGCGCUCUUCUGAAAGAGCUUUGAUUUUUUUUUUGUGAGUUUAUUGUUUUUAUACAAAGCCAAAAUUUAUGUAAAAUCUUUCCAUCUUCUUUGCAAUUUCAAAGGAUUAUCGUAGGCAUGAGCAGUGUGGCCCAAGUAUUGUAUCACAAUUUAAUUUUGCAUGAUAUGCCUUUGAUAUAAGGCAGAUCAUUUGUACCAGUACAUUCUUUAAAGUAACAGGUUCUUCAAAGGUUUGUUUGAGCCAUGCCAUAGAAGAGGCAUGGACCAUUUCCCAAAAGCAUCUUAACAUUAGGAACAUUCAACUAUCUAAAAAUCAACUUAGUGCUAAGAAACACCCCAUGUGUGUAAUAGUCAUGUGUGAGUGUGAAGAAAUAUUUUACCUUAAAGAACCAUGGCUAGAUGUAAUGAAAAAUGUAAUGAAUCCAAAAAUGGUUAUUUUAUGGUACCACUCAAAUAACUCUUUGAAGCACCUUUAUCUUAAGAAGAUUAGAUGCAGAUUUCCAGAUACUGUGCUGUAUUUAUUCUGCAUUCCAUUUGACCUUGGAUGUCAGAAUUUUUGAGUUCCAAAUUCCUAAUGCAAUGCCCCCACAAGCUGAAGUACUGACUACCAAGUUUGUAGAGCUUUACCUUUCUCGUGUUCAGUAUCUAAGAUGGCUGCACAUCAACAGUAGAAAAAGUAGUAGUUUUAUACAGGUUAUUUGCUCUUCUACACAUUUGUGUCCUAUUAAUAUCUGUGGACAUGUUUUCAUGGUGUUUGGAUGUGCAUAAUACUUUAUAUUGAGUAGUUAUCAACUUUAGACAAUGCUAAAAAAUGUGAUACAUAAAAAGUGGGACAUAUUUUGGUUGAAAUCCCCAUAAAAAAACAUAAAUGAUUGAUAAACUCCAGAAUCUUUAGCUUACUGUUUUUUUUUUAUUAUCUAAAUGUUCAGCUUGAAAGCCAUCAACCUAGUUGUGAAAUUAUUUCCAGCUCUGACAUCUAAUUUCCAAGAUAAAUGGAAUGCAGCAUUAGUACACUGAUUUUUACUCUGCCAAAUUUAGUUAAACAUGACUAACAGCAAUACAAAAUGUUUCAGUAUGAUAAACACAACAUCCAGUUGCCAACCUCUAGUUUUUCUAUCCAAUUCAUCAUCAAAUAAAUUUUUUAAUUGUUAAAUGUAUCUAUGUUGAUGUUAUGAGAAGAAUUCUGGAAUUGAAACAUGGCAUGAAUUCUUCAGUCUGUGUUACAGUUGCAAUUUAAAGUUUGCAUAAAGUUACAUUGCAUUAGUAUACAUACCACAUCAAAGAUUAGGGUAUUUUGUAGCAAUAUUGCAACAGAUCCAUUUAAUAAAGUAGGCUGUUCUAAAUUCUAAAAAAGUUAAGUGCUUCUGGACAAAGCUAUUUGUGGUUAUUGAGUUGCUUUUUCUGUGUUAUAAGGGUGUGUUGUAUUAUUUUCUGUUUUCUAUGUCAUUAAGUAAUCAAUCAAAAAAGUAAUUUACAAUACCUUUUUUAUAUAUAUUAAGCUGUUAUUUUUCUUUUGUUUUUGUUUGUUGUUGUUGUUGUUGUUUUUUUGAGUGGAGAGUGGCACAGUGCUCCAAUUUGUCACCCUGAGGGGAGGAAAUAGGCGCCCCUGGAGGCACUUCCAGGGUGGCCGGGUCCUCUGUAGGCUCCCAGACGGCAUCAGGGGCCGUGACUUCAAAGCGUUUCUGAUAAAGACCCAACUGGAAGGCAAAGAGCUCAGACCUCUCCGGCUAGAUCAGUGAUAAAGGACACAUUCAGCAUGGUGUUAUCAUCAUUGUUACAGCUAAACGACACCUUUAAAGGCAUUGUCUCGCCUUUAAAGACACUGACUUGUCUAUCCAGCAGUGGACAGGCCAGUCAAAGGGAUUAAGGUACUUUGAGAGAGCCACAUACAGAGAGGUGUAAAGACGGGAUUAAGAUCAAGUCAUCUGUACUUGACUAGAUGCGAAUGCCUUUCAUGCAGCAUCUCAUAUCUCACAGAUAUUUUUGGAUUAACAUAUAUGUGUAUAUUUAAAUCAGAGCUAAUUACAAAGUAUAUUAUAAAGUACAAAUAAACUCACAAUAAUUUGAGAA